AUGAAACCCCUUUUCACAUUUUUGACUGUUCUUGUACUCUGCAAUUGUUCAUCAGCUGAUAAUUCAUGUCAAGCCACGUGUACACAUGAUGGCUACCCAAUGCCUUGUGGAGUGUGGCUCAAGAACGAAACUAAAUCCGGGUCAUUAGGAACAUAUGCGCUCAACAGCGGUGUUGCGAAACUACAUUGCUCAUUCUCCUCACUUCCGGAGCCAGUACAAAUCCAAUGGAUGUUCCGCCCUUCGGAUAGUGUCACUGCGCAAUGGAGAGAAUUCCCAUGUGCAAAGAAGGAAGAGCAUAAGAACUGCCAAAAAGAAGAAAUUAUUGUGGAAUCACACUGUGAAGUGAGAAUGAAUUCAUUGAAAAUGAGUGGAACCUAUAAAUGCGCGGCCACAAUUCCCAAUCACCAUGACCAGAGAUAUCGGGCAUUCAGCUCGGAAUUCGCAAUUAAUGUUGUUGGAAUCGAGCCGGUUCGAUUGAUUUCUAGUCACCUGCCCAUGAACAAAAACGGAGAGAUCAAUUUGGAAGUGUGCGCUAACCCUCGACCUGAAGUAUUCUGGCAUACGAUCGAUGGAAUUAUCACUCCUGAGAAGUCAUCCGAUCGGUUUGCAGUUAUAGCACUAACACCAAGAACUGCAUUGAAAGUGCAGAGCGAGCCGUUGGCAGCAGUACCGUACUGCUACCGUACCAGUCUUCUCAUUCAUAAAGUUCAUGAGAACGACGAAUUCCAUAUGUCGAUACGCGGUGAAUUGAAUAUUGUUCAUGAGAAAAUUACGGUUAAAGUUAAGAGCUCCAACACUGAAAACUGCCUCCUCUUGAUGAUUGUUUCGCUGGUAUUCGCUUUUUAG